AUGUUAGUAGACGGGUGUUGCGUCAGAUUUACGGUAAUUUCACGGCUGGUGCGUUUGGAUAGUUCCUUGUGGUGGAAAAGUGAAGUGCGAAGUUUCGGCGAGGCUCAGCGCGGUAGAGCGUGGCUAUGCGGGGUCGUCGUCUCCUCGCGGCUUCGCAACGAGUUACCAGUCACCAUCGCGCUACGAGAUCUCGCGAUUCUAUGUUGUAGUGGGGACCAAAUGCAAUAUUCACUGUUAAGA